CCUUUCCCAGGCUCCCCAACACGAAGCAAAGCACCUCCCAGCGCCUAGGAUGCAGCACCGAGGCGUCCUCCUCCUCACCCUCCUCGCCCUGCUGGCGCUCACCUCUGCUGUGGCCAAAAAGAAAGACAAAGUGAAGAAGGGCGGCCCGGGGACCGAGUGCGCGGAGUGGACCUGGGGACCCUGCACCCCCAGCAGCAAGGACUGCGGUGUGGGUUUCCGCGAGGGUACCUGCGGGGCCCAGACCCAGCGCAUCCGGUGCAGAGUGCCCUGCAACUGGAAGAAGGAGUUCGGAGCCGACUGCAAGUACAAGUUUGAGAACUGGGGGGCGUGUGAUGGGGGCACCGGCACCAAAGCGCGCCAAGGCACCCUGAAGAAGGCGCGGUACAAUGCCCAGUGCCAGGAGACCAUCCGUGUGACCAAGCCCUGCACCCCCAAAACCAAAGCCAAGGCUAAAGCCAAGAAAGGGAAGGGAAAGGACUAGUGCCCAGCGGAUGCCAGAGCCCUGGCCCACCCCUCACUGGCCCCAAAGAAAACCUAC